GCGCGCCAUAUCUACGUCGUCGCCGGCACCAUCAUAGUCGUUGUUGGACCCAAUUGAUCAAACUUACUCACUACCUGCUUACAGCGUGCUCUAAGUUUACUAUCGGCCCAUCGCGUAUCCAUCCUCGCGUACCCGUCGCAACAUCGCUGACGUCCUGAGGCGUUGGUUGAGCACGUGCACUCGUCCGGUCCAACCGUAAACGGCCCUAUUUAGCACAGUCUUAUCUGGAAGGCGAACGACACAUCUUGCAGCUGUGCACGACUCUUCAUUCCCCAGCCUCAUCGCCAGCUCACUUUUGCUGGUCCGACCUUCUGCCGACCGCCCGAUCGCGACGCCCGGCCCAUCUAGACAACAUCGUCUCCUUCGAGCGAUAGUCCGGUUGGAUAUAUAAGCUUGCCCUGACGUGAAAAGCUCUCUUCAGCAGAAGUAUAUUCUCGCCAUCACCCCAAGCACACCACCCACACGCAACAAUGGCUUUCGAGACCGUGACCUCCAUUCCCAAGGAUGCCGAGUAUGACUUUGUCAUUGUCGGAGGAGGCACAGCUGGCUGUGUCAUUGCCUCGCGACUUACCGAAUAUCUCCCCAACAAGAAGGUCCUCUUGAUUGAGGCCGGCCCAAGCGACUUCAUGGACGACCGUGUGCUGCUGCUCAAGGACUGGCUCAACCUUCUCGGAGGGGAGCUCGACUACGACUACGGCACCACCGAACAGCCCAAUGGCAACUCACACAUCCGACACUCACGUGCAAAGGUCCUUGGUGGCUGCUCAUCACACAACACCCUCAUCUCCUUCAGGCCGUUUGAGUACGACUGCAAGCGAUGGGAGGCCCAAGGCUGCAAGGGCUGGAGCUUCAAGACCUUCAUGCGUGUGCUUGACAACCUGCGCAACACCGUGCAGCCUGUUCACGAGAAGCACCGCAACCAGCUCUGCCUCGACUGGAUCGACUCCUGCUCCACUGCCAUGGACAUUCCCGUGAUCCACGACUUCAACCACGAAAUCAAGACCAAGGGCGCCCUCAAGCCUUCCGUCGGUUUCUUCUCAGUAUCAUAUAACCCCGACGAUGGCCGCCGGAGCAGCGCUAGUGUCGCCUACAUCCACCCCAUUCUCCGCGGUGAGGAGAAGCGCGACAACCUGACUGUUCUCACCAACGCGUGGGUCAGCAAGGUCAAUGUCAACGGCGACAAGGUCACCGGCAUCGACCUCACAUUCCAGAGCGGCGAGAAGCGCACACUCAACCCCAAGUGUGAGACUAUUCUCUGCGCAGGCGCAGUCGACACCCCGCGACUGAUGCUCCUCUCCGGUCUUGGUCCCAAGCAACAACUUUCCGACCUCGGCAUCCCUGUCGUAAAAGACAUUCCCGGUGUUGGUGAGAACUUGCUAGACCACCCCGAGAGCAUCAUCCUCUGGGAGCUGAACAAGCCCGUACCCGCGAACCAGACCACUAUGGACUCUGACGCUGGUAUCUUCCUGCGCCGUGAAAUUCCAAACGCAGCAGGUGGUGACGGCGACAUCGCCGACAUCAUGGCUCACUGCUACCAGAUUCCCUUCUGCCUCAACACUGCUCGCAUGGGUUACGACUCCCCCAUCGACGCAUUCUGCAUGACGCCCAACAUCCCCCGACCCCGCUCCCGCGGCCGCAUCUAUCUCACCUCAUCUGACCCCACCGUCAAGCCCGCGCUCGACUUCCGCUACUUCACCGACCCUGAGGGCUACGACGCAGCCACCAUCGUCGCCGGUCUGAAAGCCGCCCGCGAGAUCGCCAAGCAGGCACCUUUCUCCAACUGGAUCAAGCGCGAGGUUGCGCCCGGUCCCAAGGUCAACACCGACGAAGAGCUGUCCGAGUACGGUCGCCGCGUCGCGCACACUGUAUACCACCCCGCUGGCACAACCAAGAUGGGUGAUGUGACAAAGGACGAGAUGGCUGUUGUAGACCCCGAGUUGAAGAUUCGCGGUCUCAAGAGCGUCAGGAUUGCGGAUGCGGGAUGCUUCCCCGAGAUGCCCACCAUCAACCCUAUGUUGACAGUCUUGGGUAUCGGCGAGCGUGCCGCUGAGUUGAUUGCACAAGAGUGGGGAUGGAAGGGUCUCCAGAAGGAGAGGUUGUAGAAGCGCAUUUCAAGAGAAGUGCGUUGGUGGGUAGAUAUGUGUUGGUAAGCUGGUAAGAUAGCUGUAAGUUGAUAACAUAAUGAGUGACGACUUUGAACGGUCACCCCAAUGCGACAAUACCCUUUGCAGCAAGAUAUCAUAUAUGAAUUUGUAAGUGAGUCAAGUGCAUGUGUGAGUACACUGGAUAGGGGCCGGGUUUUUGCGACCGUCUGACUUGAUCGUCGUCAUGUUUCUCCCGAGCUCGACGUUUCUCCUAUUGACGCAUUACUGCCCGACCCCCUAGAUUGACGGAAGGGUAAGCUAUCUGGAUGCGUGAGCCAGAGGACGGACUGAGGCGUAAUUGCUAGUGACUCCAUCGUCCGCUGGCUUGUGCUUAUGUUGGAUUUGGCUUUGCACACUAUUGUUCAUGAGACGAAAGAUUGUGGCGAUGUUUUGUGAGCCUACUCGAACAGUAAAUAUAUCAUCAUCAGC